AUGGCCAUGCGGGAAAGCGUUUCUCGAAUUUAUGUUGGAAAUUUACCAUCUCAUGUAACACCAAGAGAUGUAGAAAAUGAAUUUCGUAAAUAUGGAACUAUCCUAAAAUGCGAUGUCAAAAAAACCGUAUCAGGAGCAGCCUUUGCAUUCAUAGAAUUCGAAGAUGCAAGGGAUGCAGCAGAUGCAAUAAAAGAAAAAGACGGAUGUGAUUUCGGUGGUAAUAAAUUAAGAGUUGAAGUUCCUUUUAAUGCUAGAGAUAAUGGAAAAUAUAAUUCUAGGGGAGGUAGAGGAUUUGGUGGUAGAGGAAUGAAAUCUAGGAGAGGCCGUUACGUUGUUGAAGUUAGCGGGUUACCCCUUUCAGGUAGCUGGCAAGAUUUGAAGGAUCAUCUGAGAGAAGCAGGGGAAUGUGGUCAUGCAGAUGUUUUUAAAAAUGGUUUGGGUGAAGUAUCUUUUUUUCAUAAGGAAGAUAUGCUUGAAGCUAUUGAAAAGUUUAAUGGAUCUACAUUUAGAUCCCAUGAAGGCGAAAAAUCAAAAAUAACAAUCAGACAGAAAAAAACAUCGUGGCGUCGUGAAGACGGAGGGUAUGGUAGAUACAAUAGUAGGAAUAGAAGUUAUUCAAGUAGGAGUUACUCAAGAAGUGAUAAAAGAUCAUAUACCAGAAGUAGAAGUUAUAGUAGAAGCAGAAGUGGAAGCAGAAGUAGAAGUGGGAGCAGAAGUAGAAGUGGAAGCAGAAGCCGAAGUAGAAGCAGAACUUCCAGUAGUAGUAGAAGUAGAAGUAUGGAUAGAAGAAGAGAUGCUUAUGAUAAGAAAAGAAGUUAUUCCAGAAGUCUCUCUUAUCAAGAAAGAAGAAGAAAUAAUAGAUCAGUAUCAAAGUCUGGAUCGAGAUCUGCUUCUAGAUCAGAUUCUAGAUCAUCUUCAUGGUCCCAUAAAAGAAGACAUUAG